AUGAUAAUUAAGAAGAAUCUCAAAUCGGAAAUGCCGCCUCGGAAACGGGCUAGACUCGGUAACUCGGAGGGGAACGAGUCAAGGUUGACUCAGAAAAACAAAAAGAAGAAAUUUAAUGGGAAUUAUCCGUUGAAUCUUCUCGCCGGUGCAAUUCCUUCCAGCUUUACUGGAUUACUCGGUGCCGCCGUUGCAACCACCGUGGCGUCGUCGGAUAACGGGUUUUCGUUGGAUAAUGGAAAACCUGGUGUUAAGAAUGCGGCGAACCGGCCGCCGUUGGUUCGGACUUCCCGCGGCCGGCUUCAGGUGUUGCCGUCGCGGUUUAAUGAUUCUGUUAUUGUGAAUUGGAGGAAGGAGGGAAGAAACAACAACGCUGCGGCCGCUGAUACUAGCUUUCGGGAAUUUGAAUUUGAUGAAUUUGGUUUCAGAAAUUGUGGUGGAAAGGGGAAGGAUGGGAUUGGGAAUGGAAAUGGGAAUGGGACGGCUGCUGGCGGCCGCAACCGACCUCGCGGGUAUUCGGUUUUGUGUGAGGAGGUGUUGCAUAAGAAUUUCGGUGUUGCUGCGGGCAAAGAAUUAAGUUUGCGUGAGAUUUUUGAAGAAACGAAGUUGAAUAAUGAAGUUUUGAAGAAAGAGGAGAAGAAGAAAGAGGGGUUGUUUGGACCAGAAGAUUUUUAUGCAGGUGAUAUAGUGUGGGCUAAGGCUAAGAAGAAGGAACCUUUUUGGCCUGCAAUUGUCAUUGAUCCUAUUUAUCAAGCACCUGAGCUUGUUUUGAGAUCAUGCAUACCUGAUGCUGCUUGUGUCAUGUUUCUUGGCUACUCUGGGAAUGAAAAUCACAGGGAUUUUGCAUGGGUGAAAUAUGGAAUGAUUUUUCCAUUUGUGGAUUAUGUAGACAGGUUUCAAGAGCAGUCUGAAUUGAGUUACUGUAAUUCCUCUCAAUUUCAAGUGGCCCUAGAGGAAGCGUUUUUGGCUGAUCAGGGGUUUGUAGAGAACUUGAAAGAAGAUUUAAAUGCAGUGGCUGGUAAUAAUGGUUGUAGUAAUAGUUCUAUUCUUAAAGUCUUUCAGAAUGUAGCUGCUUCAAACAAGAAAGCGGGUGGUCCUGUUCAAAAGAAGGAUUUUUUUGAAAGAGAGAAAAAUGCGCGACUUUGUGCAGAAUGUGGAUUGGACGUUCCUCUCAAUAUGUCGAAGAAAAGAAAGGAUAUGACUCCUAGUGGUCAACUCCUAUGCAAAUCAUGUGCCAGGUUAACAAAAUCAAAACAUUAUUGUGGCAUAUGUAAGAAAGUGUGGAAUCAAUCGGAUAGCGGAAGCUGGGUCCGUUGUGAUGGAUGUAAAGUGUGGGUGCAUGCUGAAUGCGACAAAAUCUCCAGCAUCCUUUUCAAGAACCUUGGAAGCAAGGAUUAUUUCUGCCCUGCUUGCAAAGUGAAGUUUAAUUUUGAAUUAUCGGAUUCAGAAAAAUCUAAUAAAAAAGUCAAAUGGAACAAAAAGAAUGGGCAGCUAGGACUUCCAAAAAAGGUUACUGUUCUAUGCAAUGGCGUGGAAGGCAUAUAUUUUCCAAGCCUUCACUUAGUUAUGUGCAAGUGUGGUUUUUGUGAGACUGAAAAACAAGCACUUAGUGAAUGGGAACUCCACACAGGUUCCAAAUUCAGAAACUGGAGAACAAGUAUUCGGAUUAAAGGAUCCAUGAUAUCGCUGGAACAAUGGAUGCUGCAGUUGGCUGAAUUUCAUGCUAAAGCUGUAGUUUAUGUCAAACCUAAAAGACCAUCCACAAAAGAAAGAAAACAGAAAUUGCUUAACUUUCUGCAAGACAAGUAUGAACCUGUUUGUGCUAAGUGGACUACAGAACGAUGUGCUGUAUGUAGAUGGGUUGAAGAUUGGGAUUACAACAAAAUUAUCAUCUGCGUCAGAUGUCAAAUAGCCGUUCAUCAAGAAUGUUAUGGAGCAAGAAAUGUUCGAGACUUUACAUCAUGGGUUUGUAAAGCUUGUGAAACACCAGACAUCACGCGAGAGUGUUGUCUUUGUCCUGUAAAAGGUGGUGCUCUAAAGCCUACUGAUGUUGAUCCAUUAUGGGUUCAUGUCACUUGUGCCUGGUUUCGACCUGAAGUAUCUUUUGCUAGUGAUGAAAAAAUGGAGCCUGCUUUGGGUAUCUUAAGUAUUCCAUCGAACUCUUUCGUGAAGAUUUGUGUUAUUUGUAAGCAAAUCCAUGGCUCGUGCACUCAGUGUUGCAAGUGUUCCACUUAUUACCAUGCCAUGUGUGCAUCAAGGGCCGGUUAUCGCAUGGAGUUGCAUUGUUCGGAGAAAAAUGGUAAACAGACAACAAGAAUGAUUUCUUAUUGUGCUUAUCACAGGGCUCCCAAUCCAGACACCGUUUUGAUUAUACAAACUCCUCAAGGGGUCAUUUCAACUAAAAUCCUUAUCCAAAAAAAGAGAAAAGUCGGGUCAAGAUUAAUUUCAUCAAACAGAAUAAAGGAAGAAGACACUCCUCUAGCAGAUAACACAGAACAUGAUCCAUUUUCUGCUGCUAGGUGCCGAAUCUUUGUAAGAAUAAACCGCACAAAAAAGAGAGCAGCAGAUGAAGCCGUUCCUCAUAAAGUGAGGGGUCACUGCCGUCAUCCUCUAGAUGCAAUUCAGAGAUUAAGUCCAUGCAAAGUGGUAGACGAGUCUCGAACAUUUUCAUCAUUUAAGGAACGCCUUCAUCACCUACAGAAAACCGAAAAUGAACGAGUGUGCUUCGGUAGAUCAGGCAUACAUGGGUGGGGCCUAUUUGCACGAAGAGUUAUUCAAGAAGGAGAAAUGGUCCUUGAAUAUCGUGGCGAACAAGUAAGGCGCAGCGUUGCAGACCUGAGGGAGGCACGGUAUAAACUAGAAAGGAAAGACUGCUAUCUUUUCAAAAUAAGUGAAGAAGUGGUAGUUGAUGCAACCGACAAGGGAAAUAUAGCGCGGCUAAUUAACCAUUCUUGUAUGCCAAAUUGCUAUGCAAGAAUCAUGUGUGUGGGUCAUGACGAGAGCCGGAUCGCACUCAUUGCCAAGACUAAAGUAUCUGCUGGUGACGAGCUAACGUAUGACUACUUGUUUGAUCCUGAUGAGCCAGAUGAAUUUAAAGUUCCAUGUUUAUGUAAAGCUCCAAACUGCAGGAAAUUCAUGAAUUAG